AUGGCUUUGUAUAGUGAAGAAGAUGAAAAGACGUUAGAGAUGGUGAUAGUCUCAGGAAAGCGUGUCCCAGGAAUAAGGAACCCUUAUGAAAACACCUCAGUGGACUCUGGGGAAGAAAGAGUCGAAGGAAGCUAUGGCGGCCCUGAGCAUCAGGCCCUGUGCUGGCAGAAGUGUGAACACAUUAGCAGUUUGGCUUCAUUUUUGAAGUUUCUAGGCAAUGAGUGUGAAGACAAAGCACACAGAAAGGGAGCGACAAGGGGGAGGUACAUUGCCUACACAUUUGGACCUUGGCGGAUGUUUUGCUCCUCAGAGUGGCCAAUGUUUGGAGUCGGCUGGCCGCCUGAGGGUACUUUUUAUGCAACCAUAAUCUCUUCUGUUAAAAGUCUUGUUUUUCAGCCUGGACCAGGGUCUCAUCCCGAUCAGCAGCCAUACAUCGUCGUGUGGCAGGACCUGGUCCGAAACCCUCCACCAUGGGUCAAACCAUGGGUGACCCAGAGGCCAGACUCCCGAGUUCUGGCUCUCAAAGAAUCAGACUGCAAAUUGAAAGUACAGACUCAGAGGAACAGCAGCACGACUCAGCCCAAGAGUCUGCCCCCUGCACCUUCCUCUCCUCCUAAAAUUUAUCCCGAGAUUGAGGAGCCUCCUGAGUGGCCUGAGCCACCACCUCCUCCUCCUUACGGUUUACCCCUUACCCCAGAUUCUGAAGUUGGAGGAGUGGCUGGAGAUGGGCCGGCGGCAGGAACUAGGAGCUGCCAUGCCCAGAGCCCUACACAGGGACCAGGGGUGUCUGACUCCACUGUGGCUUUACCCCUCAGAGCAUACGGUCCUCCGGUGGACCCUCCCCAGCUCCAGCCUCUCCAAUACUGGCCUUUCUCCUCUGCAGAUCUUUACAAUUGGAAAAAUAACCAUCCUUCUUUUUCUGAAAAUCCGGCAGGGUUAACUGGCCUGAUGGAGUCAUUAAUGUUUUCCCACCAGCCCACCUGGGAUGAUUGCCAACAGCUUUUACAGGCCCUUUUCACCUUUCACCAAAGCCCUUUCCUCGUGCCUGGAGUCCGCAAAAAUGUGCCUGGAGUGAAUGGGGCCCCGACUAACCUCCCUAACGAGAUUGAUACUGGAUUCCCCUUGGACCACCCCAAUUGGGAUUACAACACUGAGCAAGGUAGGAGGCUGGCUGGCUAUCGCCGGACUCUCGUGGCAGGUCUCAAAGGGGCCGCUAGACGACCCACUAAUUUGGCCAAGGUAAGAGAAGUUUUGCAGGGACCAACAGAACCCCCUUCUGUUUUUUUAGAACGAUUGAUGGAGGCCUAUAGACGCUACACCCCUUUUGACCUGACCUCUGAGGGUCAGCAGCAGGCGGUGGCUAUGGCCUUCAUGGGGCAAUCAGCAAUAGAUAUCAGAAGGAAAUUACAGUGCUUAGAUGGUCUGCAGAAUAUGUCCUUACAGGACAUAGUUAGAGAGGCUGAGAAGGUAUUUCAUAAGAGAGAGACAGAAGAAGAAAGGAGAGAGAGAGAAAAGCGAGAAGCAGAGGAACAGAGAGAGAGGGAAAGAAGAGAAACUGAAGAAAGGGAGAAUAGGCGGGAGCGCAGGCAAGACAAGAAUUUAGCAAGAAUCCUGGCCACAGUAGCAGGGGACAGGAAAGAGGUGAGUGUGAGACCUAGGCAGACAGGGUACCUGGGCAACCAGAAGAUGAGAACGAGCAAUGGGGGACAAAGGUACCAUCUAGAAAAAGAUCAAUGUGCCUGCUGUAAGAAGAAAGGCCACUGGGCGAGAGAAUGCCCUGAGAGGAAAGGGAGAAUUCCGAAGGUGCUGGCAUUAGAAGAAGAUGACUAGAGGGGACGGGGCUCAGAUCCCCUCCCCGAGCCUAGGGUAACCCUAAAAGUGGAGGGAACCCCCCUGGAUUUCCUGAUAGACACCGGAUCUGAGUAUUCUGUACUCUAAAAACCAUUAGGAAAAUUAAACAGCAAAAAGACCGUGGUGAUUGGGGCAACAGGACAGAAAAUGUACCCAUGGACUACCACUCGUACCAUAGACCUAGGUCGGGGAGAGGUGACUCAUUCGUUCCUGGUCAUUCCUGAAUGUCCUGCACCCCUUCUAGGAAGGGAUUUGUUAACAAAAUUGAAGGCUCAAAUUAGAUUCACUCAGGAAGGAUCAAAAGUGGAGUGGGGGAAACCUUCCUCUAUGGUUUUGGCAUUUAAACUUGAAGAUGAAUAUCGGAUGCAUGAGGCCCCUGACCAGAUAGAAACUUCUGUUCUAGACAAGUGGCUGAAGAGGUUCCCAGAUGCCUGGGCAGAGACUCCUGGCAUGGGAAUAGCUAUACAAGCACCUCCAGUUGUGGUGGGACUGAAAACAGAUGCUACCCCUAUAUGCAUCAGACAGUAUCCUAUGAGCCAGGAAGCUAAAGAAGGAAUCAGGCCCCACAUCCAAAGACUCUUGGACCAGGGAAUCCUGGUUCCUUGUCAGUCUCCAUGGAACACCCCUCUGCUACCUGUAAAGAAACCAGGCUCCAAUGAUUACCGCCCAGUACAAGACCUAAGAGAGGUCAACAAGCGGGUUCAGGAUAUACAUCCAACUGUGCCUAACCCUUACAACCUCCUUCCCUUUGCUCUGUUCCGUGUCUGGAACACCCUGGGACUAUUUAGGCUUACCCCCUAUGAGAUCAUGUGUGGGGGGCCACCCCCACUCACAGAGGCGGGUGGAGUGUAUGAUCCUGAUGCUGUUCUUUCUAAACCCCUGUUCACCGGCUUAAAAGCCCUUGAGUUGGUGAGACGCGAGGCUUGGGAACAACUGAAAGAGGCCUACCGAACGGAGAGCCCAGCUGUACCACACCAAUUCCAGAUCUUAGUCAAAGAUAAUGUAAAUUAA